GUUAAACUUUUGGUCUCAACGGGCAAAGUCGAUCUUCUUGCAACAGCUGGAAACGGUGGAUGGAGUCCUCUACACACAGCUGUUGAUCUUGGUGAUGCCAAACUUACACAGGCUCUACUGCCGGUUCACACUACCGCUAUGUCAGCGCAUCGCAUCCUCGCCUCACUGAAACAACCCACCGCCUCCUCCUAUGCUGUCACGGCCCUGCACAUGGCAGUCCGUCGAAAUAGUGCCUCAUGUGCAAUAGUGCUUCUGCAUACGGCAAAUGCUCUGCUAAAUGGUCAUUCAAGGGACUGGACAUCCUCAGAAGAGGAGGAGUCAAUUUCUGUGGAUGAUGUUGGACAGAAACGCCACUUCCAUGGACAGACAGGCAAAGGCUCUCGAAAGUUAAAUAAACUGAAGGAUAGGAAUGGCGAUACACCGUUGCAUUGGGCAGUGAAGACAAACAAGUGGGUUAUUUGA